AUGAGCAAGAAAGGCAAGGGGCGUGUGAAGAGGAAGGAGAUUCAGAGUGAUGAUGGUUGGACUGUGAUCACUCAUGGAUUGGCAAGUGUUUCGCUCAACGAUAAAGGGAAAGGAGAGGUGGACGCUGGAUCUCUGCCUACUAGGGUUGUGGAAGGUCUGACGGCUGAGAAAAUGCUCGAAGACUUUCGCACUUUGCAAGAGCGAUGGGAGGACACGUUGCUUGCCCAGCAAGUCAAAGAGAUUCUGGAAAAGAGGGGCGGAGAUGGUGGAUGGGGAGUCGAGAAUGCGGUGUGCAUAGGAAUCGGCAGUUUCAGCAGGGACUGGGCGCAUCGGUGGAGAAGUCUAUGGCAGCUUGUACUGUUUGUUGAUGUAGUCGAACGGCUCAAAGAUGACAAGAAGGACACCAAGAUAGGAUGUUUCGCCCAAGAUCCAGCGUUCACACCUCUCGACAUUGAAUUCCUUUCAGACCUCUCCAUCACAGUUCUCGAAUCCGACCUUCAGUCUCACAUCACGUCUGAAUCUUUCGUCUACUCGCCUUUCGUAGACUGGUUUCUUCUCUUACCAACCUUCCUCAAAUCUAAAGAUCCGGUCUUGUAUGUCGGCAAUGAGAUCCUGGAUGAUUACAGUGUGUACGCGCAAACGAAAGAGAAGAAAGAGCGGUUGGAGGAGUGCAACGAGGUGGGCAAGAAGUGGAUAGGAGGCAGGGAAAAGGUGUCUUUGAGAGAGUUUGAGAAGCAUGGGAAUGCAUUGAACGGGAUGGUCGGUUACUGGAGGAGCGUUGAUAAAGAGGCACAAGAGGAGGAUGUUGCAGAGGAGAAACCUGAAGGAGAGACGUGA